GAUCCGGCUGCCUUGGCCUCCCAAAGUGCUGGGAUUACAGGCAUGAAGUUUGAUUCUUUAAAGGCUUGUUAGGUGGGAUCAGAACAGCCUUAGGCCCGGGCCUGAUUUUUCCUCACCAUGGAGGCAAUAUUGUCUUUAGUACUUUACCGAUGUCCCGUGAAUGAUGAGGUUUUUCCACUGUGGCUGGUGGGCAUGCAGACUGUUUCUGUUUCAAUUCGAGGUCCGAGGAUGGUUGCCUUGGACUGGUACAGAUCGGUACUAGCUGAGAACUGGUGGGGGACCCUCUGCAGGUUUCUGGGGUUCUCCGUGUGGCCCUUCUCUCUCUGGUACUCUGCUCUGUGAGCUCCGGCUACGCCGGCCUCCCUGCAGUUUGAAUUCCUCUUCUCCACUCCCUGUACGUUGGGCCUGGAGUCCCUCGAGGAGUCACUUGGAGCAGCUGUAGUACUCACUGUCAGGGAUCAUUAUUCUCUGCUGUCUGAUGUCCGGUGUUUACAAACUAUCGUUCUGUGUGUUUUGUUGGCUUUGUCUGGCUUUUUAGUUUUUCUGAGGCAGGAGAGUGAAUCUGUUGUCUCUUCCUCCACGUUAGCCGAAAGCAGAAGUCCCCGUCCGGUCAGCAUUCCUUGGAUACCUGGUGUCUUAGUCCGUUUUUUCAUACUGCUAUAAUAAAAAGAACUGCCCAAGACUGGAUAACUAAUAAGGAAAAGCGGUUUAAUUGACUCACACUUCCACACGCUUGGGAGGCUUCAGGAAAGUUACAGCGUGGAAGGUGAAAUGGGCACAUCUUACAUGGCGGCAGGUGAGAGAGCGUCUGUAGGAGAAACUGUCAAACGCUUAUAAAACCACAUAUCUCAUGAGACCUCAUUCACUAUCACCAGAGCAGGACGGGGGAAGCCGCCCCUGUGAUCCAGUCACCUCAUACCAGGUCCCUCCCUCCACUUGUGGGGAUUACAGGGAUUACAAUUCAAGAUGAGAUUCAGGCGAGGACACAGAGUCACACCUUAUCACCUUGUAUGUGGCCAGUGUUGACCUAGGCACUGGGAUGCAGAAACAAACACGACAUGACAUGAGCUGUGCUCUUGGGGAGCUCACAGUCUUGCUGGAGAAACAUGCUCCUUCCUAAACAAAAUGCUGCUUGCUGUGUACAGGGAAGGCAGGAUGAACUCUCUGGGAGGAAGGAGCAAGGAAAGCGUUAGAGAGUUGCUGACUUUCGAGGGAUGGAGCAGGCAUUUUCUAGAUGGGAAAGUGUAGGAAAGAGUAUUCCAGGCAGAGUGGAGAGUAAGAGCAAAGCAGGGCGGUCUGUGCUGUGCGCUCCUUAUAGGCCAGGGUCCCUGUCGUAUUGAUCUUGAGAUCAACAUAUGUUAAGUGACUGGAAGUGUGGUUUUUGUUCUGGGGCAGGUAGGUAGAACAGAAAGAGUUGGGAUGGAGUGAGCUACCUGUGGAGAAAUAGAGGCUCGGGGUCAGCUGAUACAGGGCAUUGUAUACCAAGCCAAGGAGCCUGAGACUUUGAACAUAAUACUGAAGUGCUGGGGAGCCAUGGGAGGGCCGUGGGAGCUCUGACUGCUCUCUCGAGGUUACUGGGGUGUGCAGAAAAGAGGGCUGGAGAGGGCCGGGCUGGCGCAGGGCAGACAUUCUGUGCAAGGAUGAAAGUGAGCCCAGAGCUCAGUGCCAUCAUGGAUCCGGCAUUGCCACCCUCUGAUAACGGCCUUCAUGGAUUCCUGCCUGAGUCAAGAAUAGAUUUGAGGAGGGCCUGGCUUGGUUUCUCUUUUUCUGUGACCAUCUUGAUGAUGAUUCCUCUGGACCCGGAAGUUCUGGGUCAGGCUUGUCACUGGCAGGAGUAGGGGCUGUAGCUGCCUCACCUUAUGUCAGCCUAGGAUGGCCAAACCUUGGUGAGAACCCCGGUCUCAUCAUCUUGGGCUUUGAACAGACACAGCUCGUGUGAUCGGUGCACACUCCUGGAUGUUCGUCUUGAGUGUGUCUUUGCCUUGACCUCCCUCUUGAUCCCUUCUUAAGGGACCAGUUGGAUCCGAUUGCUCAGCUUGCUCUGUGCAGAUUAGAAGUAGGCUGGGGGAGGAGGGUCAGCUGCAGAUUGAAAUCGUUUCCGAGUCAUCUGAACAGUAGGGACAAAGGAGAUACAAGUGGAAUUUGGCGUGAAGUCAGUAUGUGUUUCUUUUCAAAUUGUUGAUUCAGCCAUUGGAGUUAUGUUUCUGUGUUGACGGAUGCCAUCCCUGGAGGAAUCUUAAAUUCUGUGUCCUCAGAGUCCACACAGGAAGUGCAGAGUUGCAGAGGCGAGGAUGGAGACACUGAAGGAUAAGACUCUGCAGGAGCUGGAGGAGUUGCAGAAUGACUCGGAGGCGAUUGACCGGCUGGCCCUGGAGUCCCCUGAGGUCCAGGACCUGCAGCUGGAACGGGAGAUGGCACUGGCCACCAACCGGAGCCUGGCCGAGCAGAACCUGGAGUUCCAGGGACCCCUGGAGAUCAGCCGUUCAAACCUCUCGGAUAAAUACCAGGAGCUCCGGAAGCUCGUGGAGCGGUGCCAGGAGCAGAAGGCAAAGUUGGAGAAAUUUUCUUCAGCACUGCAGCCAGGGACUUUGUUAGACCUUCUGCAGGUGGAAGGCAUGAAGAUUGAAGAAGAGUCCGAGGCCAUGGCUGAGAAGUUCCUGGAGGGCGAGGUGCCCCUGGAAACGUUCCUGGAGAAUUUUUCCUCCAUGAGGAUGUUGUCCCACCUGCGCCGGGUUCGUGUGGAAAAGCUCCAGGAAGUGGUGAGGAAGCCCAGGGCUUCCCAGGAGCUGGCCGGCGAUGCCCCUCCACCCCGCCCGCCGCCACCACCGCCGCGCCCAGUACCCCAGGCAACACCCCCUGUGGUUGAAGAGCAGCCGCAGCCGCCACCAUCGGCCAUGCCUCCCUACCCUCUGCCCUACAGCCCGUCCCCUAGCCUGCCUGUGGGCCCCACUGCCCAUGGAGCCCUCCCCCCCGCCCCUUUCCCGGUGGUGUCCCAGCCCUCCUUCUACAGUGGGCCUCUGGGCCCCACUUACCCGGCAGCCCAGCCUGGACCCAGGGCUGCUGCGGGUUACUCCUGGUCCCCACAGAGGAGCACACCGCCCCGGCUGGGCUAUCCUGGGACCCCGACUGGUGCCUCUGGGCCAGGGUACCCCGUGGCGGGAGGCAGGGUCCCCAGUCCUGGUUAUCCUCAACAGUCCCCAUACCCUGAAGCAGGAGGAAAACCUCCCUACCCAAUACAGCCCCAGCUCCCUGGCUUCCCAGGCCAGCCCCAGCCCUCCAUGCCUCCGCAGCCCCCUUAUCCCCCUGGGCCUGCUCCUCCCUAUGGGUUUCCACAGCCCCAGGGGCCUGCCUGGCCUGGCUAUUAGACACACUCCUGGCCCUCGGCCCCUCCCUAGUCCCACCCACGCUCAACCUUUGGCCCAGCCAUUGCCGAGAUUCGAGGGUCCACUGGACAUGGCAUUGGUGCUCCCUGUGGACUUGCGUUGGUACACAGAGGCCUUGGAGGGACCAGGCCCUGGGCUAUGUGACUGGUCACAGCACUUGCUGGCUUUUUGGCUGGAGGUCCUCCUGGGAGCCCCUCCUUUCAGUGCCUGGCUGCAAGUGCUAGCCAGGCGGGAGCCCAGCACCUCUCAAGUGUCUGUGAGUGAGUGCGUGCACGUAGUUAUGAGCAUCUGUUUGUGGCCGCACUCAGGGCCAUCUGAACCCAGUGCCAGAGGUAUCUCGAGGAGGAGGCCCUGGGUCUCCAGUCCCCUCUGUCUCUCCUGGGGUUUGGCGUAUUGGUUGUGGAGCCUCAUGCUGAGGGGUGCAGCUGUUGGCAUCUGUCCAGUUCAUUGAAGGCUGGCCUUCCCACGCACUGCGGCCGGGAUUGGAUUGGAGGGAGAGAACAGAGCUGGGAAAAACAACAGGUUUGAGUCCUAUAAAGCCAUAAUUUCACUCUGGUAGCUGAUGUCAGACAAGCUUGUCCUGUGUCCUGUUUCAUUGGGGCAGCACCAGUGCAGCAUGAGGGCUGGGGGUUGUGAAGGUUGCCCCCGGACCUGGCUUGCCCUGGUUGGAGAAGCCAGGGCGCUGCCUUGGGCCCUCUGGCCGGAGGGAAGGGGGCAGCUCUAGGCCUGGAGAUUGUGGUCACAUGGGGGCUUGUUUAGGAGUGGAGGGCCAGGUCACCUCCCCAGCCACCCUUCUCUCCUCUGGGGCCCUCCACUUCAGGGUGACUUUGCCCGAGGCCCACACAUCCAUCCUCUCCUUUAGUGCCUUGAUUCUCAUUCACAAGCAGCCCUUCCCUUCACCUCCCCUCCCCUCGCUCCUUUGAUGGAAUCCUCCCACCCCCAGUGUCCAUCCUAAGACAGACGUCAAAAGAGGCCCUAACCUAACUUCCCAAAUGGUGCUUUUAAAAAACACCAUCACUACAUUAGGGGCAGUUGCUUUGCACCUCCCUGUCUUCAGAAUGUAAAGGGCGGGGAUUAUGACUCUGUUUAAUACACAGCCCCCUGCCCUGUGUGGUUUUGGGCAGGUUCAGUAAUAAGAAUGAAGACAGUAGACAAAGGGGGUGUGCUGAGUGUUAACUUCGUUGUUCCAGAGGUAAACCAGGUCUCAGGGAAGGGCCUGGAGCUGCUAUUGCUUAGGAAGUUGUACGUGCCUUGAAAUGUCCACUACCUGAGAACCCAGCAUCUGGUGGGCCUGGGGCUCCUGGGGCCAAGGAGGGCUCUUGACCUUCUGGUGCCUGCCCCUCCCCGGCCUGCCUCGUGCCAUCUGCGUGACGCUAUGUCAGCGCUGCCGGUUCCUUACCAAAUGUGCUUGCUUCUCCUAAGUUAUUUAUAAAGAGAAAUCACUAAUGGACUCUACUGGUUUGAGUGCUUCUGAGCUGGACGACGGAUCGCCUGUAUGUUUGUGUAAUUAAUUGCCGUAAUAAACUUCAAUGAGUCACA